AUGAAGUCCUCUCGCGCCCAUUACCGCCCCCUGUUUGGCGUGGGCGUCGGCCGGUCGCCGCCUUUUCUGGUGGCUGCACUCACCAUUGGUCUCUGCAUUCUGGGCGUCUCCUACUGGCGAUUGGCACUGCAGUAUCAUGAUCUCGAAGAGCAGCUAAAGAGACUCAUUCAGAAGCGGGACUCUCUGGAGGCUAAUCAAAACUUCAUCAACAAACAAUUGGAAAUACGUGAAGAGAACUUUAGUGAGGCUAAAGUUUCCUUGCAGAAGAAAGAGCAAGAGGUGGAAGACCUGAAAAAGAAGCAGGAUCAAACGGGUAAAGAACUUGCUGAAAUCAAGACAAGUUUAGAGCAAAUUAAACAAGUUAAUGAUAAACUAAAAAGUGAUACUACCGAAAAGGAUCAUUCGGUAGAGCUGCUUCGAUCUCAAAACCAAGCGCUUGAAUCUGAUAAAAGCAAACUGAAUGCUGAAAUCAAAGAGCUCAAAGAAAAGCUGGCAAACGUCACAAACACCCUGAACCAACACUCUUCGCUGCCAUCAUCAUCUGCAGCUCUGAAUCCAAAUAUUCCCAAGCCUGAAUCGGCAGCUAGAAACCCCGUAUACAAGCUGGUGAACCCUGCGGCCGGCAAACCUGAGACAAAAGUCGACAUAAACCCGCCUCCACCGCUUCCAAAACCGAGCAACAGCAAUGCCAACCAAAUUGCACCUCCGCCGGAGCCAAAGAAGAAUGUACCCUCAGAGGACAAGAUGAAAGCGGAAGAGUCCAAACAGAACCCGGACAUUAUUGAUCCUGCAAACAUUGCCAUCGAUGAUGACAUGGAGAAGGACGACCCCGGUCACGGGGAUGCGGCGCAUGAGGACCUCGAAGGGGCUAUGGAAGGCCAAAAGGAGGGCAAAGUUGAUAACUCAAUCAACUAUGUGGCCGACAACUCCAAAAACGCCGGUGGCCUGAACAACAAAAACUCGCAAGAUAAUCUCAUUGAAUCUAUACAGAACAUUUAG